CUGCCGAUGAAGUGAAGAUUGAGGAUGUGGAAUGUUUUUUGGAAGUUGUGUUUGUUUGAUUAUUCGUUCACUAAUUCUAUUUAGUUGUUGUAUUUUGGGUUGAAGCAGUUGCAAGUUUUUUUCUUGCACAUCUUAUGGAUAGGCGGGGCAGUUUAAUGAAGCUAGGCGGCUAUUUGAAUUCUUUUGCUGUGAGUUGUCAUUCAGGAAAAACCUUGGUUCGAUUGCCUCUACGUUCAUUCUUGGCUUGAAAAUGCCUGUUGGAUACAAUCGGGAGAUAACAAUGAGGAUGAAAACAGCCAAGACUUCCAAGGCCACAAGAUAAAUUUCAAUCAACAAAGAAGCAGGAGGCAGAUCUGCACAGCCCUUGCAAGAAGGAAAAAAGGCAAUCCAUUGGAAUCAAGGCUAGUGUGGACUGUGGAGGAGGAGGUAUCCUUACCCAGUGCCUACUGAAGAUCACAAAGCUUGAGGCAGACUGGUGGACACCACAUGGUCUCGUUCCGAGGCACUCUCUUCAGGAAGGUUAGUAGGCUCCUCCAAGCAACGGAAUGGAAAAAAGAGGAUUGCAGGUGGAAAAGCUUCAGUAAACUCUGUAGAGUCUGGUUACUCCCUGUAUUCCACUGAUUCUGAAGAUCAGGUAUAACCUAAGAUAGUUGAUUCUUCUGGUUUUAGUUAUGGUUGCAAACAUUCAUAAAGGCCUUGAUCGAUGUGCGGCGUUAUUGCAGGAUAUUUUGAAAAAUGAGACCACAGAUCUGAAGGUUGCCCCUCUGAAUUCAAGAAAAACAAAUCUUACAAAAGCAAAAGUGACAUCAAGCAAAGGAGAAAACACCAAAAAGGAAGUCAAGAAAAAUAGCCCUGUUUCCUGUGCCACACAUGUGCAAAAAGAGACUGUUUCAACAAAGUUCAAGGUGACCUCUGAUGCAGCAGAAGUUGGUGUGAACAACACUGUGCAUGUGUCAACAAUGCCACAGUUCACAAUCCCAUCAAGCCAGCAUUCUCCUGGAAUAAAUCAGUGCCUUUCUGAUCAUGUACAGACACAAAUGGGUUUUAUAAAUGGCCAUGCUCCAGUUAGUGCCUCUAGUGGGAUACCUGCCCGAUCUUACUACACAAUUUUGGACUCUGGAUCCCAAGCUGUUCCAACAUUUAAUUGUCGAUUCCCUACCUCUACACCAGCUAUGUCUCCAAAGAAUGCUGAGCAUCCAUUAGUAAUACAAAAUCAGAGCAUGUCCACUGACUUUUCCAAUCAACCUGCUCCUCAUGGAGUGUUGAACUUUUUACCUGCUUAUUCAGCUACAGCUACCAUUGCCCCUCCAGUACAACCUGUGGUGACCUUUGCUUCGUCUGCAGUCCCACCUGCUGUGACUGCACAUCCUUUCACUCACUUAGUUUGUGACAGUGGUGGCAGUCACAGUUUGGUUAACCAUGGCUCACAACAACUGAAAGAACAAGAGCUACUGAAGUGUAUCCGGUACAUAACCCAAAUGCAGCAGCAAGGGGAAGAGCCCCAGCAAGUGGCUUGGAAAACACUGAUACAAUCACAGGGGGCUGACAAAUCAGAUACUGAGCAGAGUGAUGGGACAAGUGAAGAUCACGUCAAUUUGGUGGAUAUUACACCAGUAAGAGACACCAGCUGUCAAACCAGUUUUGACAAACAUACAAGACCUAAAAAACAAAGUCCUGACAAAACAGCCAAGAAAGUGAAAACUAUCAAAUUUCUUCUGAGUGAACUGAAAGCUCUGAUUGCUGAUCAAGAUGACUCUGAGGCUCAUAGGUUGAUAAUGGAACUAGAGGAUAGCAUCUCUCUACUACCAACUGUGAUUGGAAGCACUAAUGUACAAGCAGAAAUAGCAAUGAGUCUCCAACCUCUACGCAGUGAGAAUGCACAGCUGCGCAGACGGUUAAGGAUAGUAAACCAACAACUUAGAGAGCGCGAAAGAGCCGAAAAAGAUUCCAGAUCUGUACAGUGCAACUUUGAAGUGAUCUCCUUGCGGUCCAUGAAUAUGACAUUGCAGACCCAGUUGAGAGAGUCUCUGACAGGGCUUGAGUCUUUGCAAAAGAAAAAUGAAGAGCUUCUGAAUGUGAUAGAUAAACAGAGAGAGGAGAACAAGCAACUACUCAGAUUGGUGCAGGGGAAAGAACAGGAUCUGUUCCAGAAGAGCCAGCAGUGUGAGAUGGACACAACUCGAGUCAAAAUGGAAGUAGGUGAAGCCUUGACAAAAAUGCGAAACAUACAGCUGAAAUUGGAGGCCUCUGAGAAAGAGAAUCAAAUUUUGGAAAUAACACUUCGACAACGUGAUGCAGAAGUGAACAGAUUGCGAGAACUAACCAGAAACCUGCAAAGCAGCAUGGCAAGACUCCUUUCUGACCUUAGCAUAGAUUGCACGAAAGCCAAACCCACAUCCAGACUUACUAAAAACCUCCUGCAGGAAUAUGAGAAACAGCUACAGGAUGAUCCAGGUUUGAGCUCUGUGACAGUUUACCUUAAAAACCUGGAUACUAAUUCUGACCACGACACACAAUCUUUAUCAUCAUCAUGUAAAAUACCUGAAUCUGAACCUUUGACCAUUCCAAUUCAACCUUAUUUAACAUCUGCAACCACAGAAAUAUACCAAAGUAAUGUCCUGUCAGCAAAGUCUUCACCCACAAGCUUUUCUAGGUACAAUGCACAGACUGAGAAUCGUAUUACUAGAAGACAUGAGGACUCUAACCUGGAUGAAACCACAUACAUUCCAUUAGUUGGCAAUGCCUCCAAGCAAGAAAAUGAAUCAGCCGAAAGGAGGAAAUGUACACCACUACAAUUAAAUACUGGAUCAAAGAAGUUACACUCUGACAAUGAAAGUUCAUGUAAUGGAAUGCCUCGUUUCCUGGAUGGGUUAGAAAAGCCAGAAAAAGCUCUUCCUGAAGAAAUACCCAUCAUUCACAAGUUAAAAGAGAAGACUGCAGUAAAUGAUUCAUCAAGAAUGGGAAUGGCAAUAGCAGAAAAUGACCAGAUUCACUUGAGAUCUUUGGACAUAACUGGUCUCGAUUUUCCAGACAAUAUUAUAGGCCUUCCCAAAUCCAAUUUCAAUUUAUGUACAUCUCUCCCACAUCAAAGAAACAGGACACAAUUACAUAACGACAAAGUAUCAGCAAUAGAUUCAAGCUUCUCAAGUAUUGAUUAUAGAUCUAUAAAAUCUGGCUGGAGUAUGUCAUCUAUUUCUUCAUUUAAUUCCUGUGAUGAACAAGACUUCAGGAAUAGUUUAGCAGCUCUAGAUGCUAACAUUGCAAGACUACAAAAGAGCUUGCAGCAGGACCUCGAGAUAAAUCGAUCUCAAAAUAUUUAAUGCUAAAUUGACUUUUUUUGGAGGCCUUGUAUUCUUUUGGCAUCAAUUUUUAACAUGAUAUGAUGUGUUAUAAUAGAAUGUUAUUUUUAAUACAAUGUGCCUUGAACUGCCCUAUAUAUUAGGUAAGUUUUUAUAUUUUCUUUCUAGGAGGUGUCUUACAAUCAUGGAUGUCACUUUUUUUGUAAUUUCAUUUUAAUUUCAGAAAAUAGACUGUGGUGCUUCUUUAUUAGCUUGCUAUCCAGAAACUUAUGAAACUUAUUUCAGGUGAAAUCCGUUAAUUUUGUACUUGGAAAUUGUUAAUUAUAAAAAUCAGGCUCUUUUAAGAGCGUAUUACCUUUUCAAGGGUUUGUUUGCGUCACCUUGUUUGUACAGGCCAUGAUGCUUUCCGUUGACGAUAUGGGUGACUAAUCAGUUUCUAAGCGUUUUAAGUAUAUCAGAUUAUACAUCAUUAUAUCGCUCCUAGGAUACUAUUUUCCUUCCCAACAUCAGCAUCCUUCUGAAGUGCCUAUGCAUGUUUUGGGAACUCAUCAAACUGGAGAUUAGGCUUACUUUACCUUACUUGGAUGCUUCCAACAUUAUGCAGCAUUUCACCAAUCUAAUUACUUCCUGUUUAACCCUGAAUGGUGUUAGAUACACUUUUGUAAUUGCUAACAAUUAUAAAUUAAAAUCAGUUCAGAGAUUUAACAGCUAGUUUGAGGGACCAACUGUCGCCAGGAGUUAGACACUAGCUUCUCACCUUUUUGAGGCCUACGUUCAAAUCCAACUGAAAUUGACAAUGAUAUUUUCCUGAAUCCUAGCUCAAAGUCCUGUGUGCAAUGUGCCUGAGCAGACUUAAUCCAACCCUUAGUUGGAGAUACACCCAGAGAUGGAACUACCCCCAGUUUGGCACUACUUUGGGAAUCUCACUCAAAUCUUGGGGUGACUUGAAUGAGAAAUGGAAAAGCUGAUGCAGUGUUUUAGGACUGAGGCACAGUGUUCAAGCAGAGUGCAUCUAACCAUUGCUAUAUAUCACCUUAAAGCACUUGAUAAUGUUGAGGCUGUACAUAGAAGAGCCACAAGGUCAAAUUAUGGAGUUAUGAAAAAAUGGAUAGAAUUACACUAUAAUCCCAAAAGAUUGGGAAAAUCCCAGAAUGUUAUGCAAUAAGUUAAUUAAUUUAUUCAGUCACUGUAAAUUGGUGGCCCAAAAUUGAGGAAAGAUUGGAGGUGCUUGGGUUAUUAAUCCUUUAAAGGAGGCCGCUGUUAGAGAAUCAUAUGUAAGUUAGUAAACUGCUCAGGAAGCCAUUCAAGUUCCCUGGCCCAAUGCAAUUGGUUGUCCCCCUGGGGGACAUAGCAGAUAAACAAAAAUGCUACCUGUGAGUAUUUUGCAAUAGCUUAGAAUGGAGACUCUUUAAUAUUAUAGGAAUCCCAUCACCUAUUUGAUAGGGCUGCCCAAAAAAUAAAAAAUGCAAGCUGAUAAUUAAACAGACAGGAAAAGACAAUUUGACUCAUUAAUCCUGUGUAUAGUCAUGCAUUAUGAUUCCCAAAUUCCCAUUACUCCCUAUCCACCAGCAGCAUUGUAACCUCCUGCAAAACAAACAAACAAUAAGCUGAUGUAAAAAAAAAUAGGCCAACUCUGGGAAAGUAUACUGAUCACUGAAGGCACUCAAAACAAGUUCCAGGUGACUCCAAUAGCCGUGAGGCACAUCACCCAAUCUCCCCACCAACUUUUGUAUGUAUUGAUAUUAUUCAUAGUCAGGAGCUCAUCCAGCUCUUUUUUUUAAAAUCUUGAUGCAUGAGCUGACCAGUUGUUCCAAAGGCCAAUGAGGUUUGCAAUAAGUAAAACCUCCCGACAUUUAACCUAAUUCUGUGCUUGCAUAACUAAUACGCACGUCCCCUCCUUCUGCCUAUCAAACCUAAUUGGUUUGGCUAGUCCUCAUUAUUUUAAAUGAUACGAUCAAAACUCCAUUUUGUCUUUACUUUCCUACAUUUUUUUUUCACCCAUGAGAUGUGGGUGUUGCUAGCAAGGCCAGGAUUUAUUGCUCAUCCCUAAUUGCCAACAAGGUGAUGGUGAGCCACCUUCUUGAACUGCUCCAGUUGUGUGGUAUAGGGUGCUCCUACAAUACUGCUACAGGAUUUUGACCCAGCAACGAUAAAGGAAUAGCAAUAUAUUUCCAAUUCAGGAUGAUGUGCUUGGAGAAAAAUUUGCAUGUGCUGAUAUUCCCAUGUGCUUACCACUCUCGUUCUUCUAGACAGUAGAGGUUGUGGGUUUGGAAGGUGCUGUUGAGGAACCUUAGCAAGUUGGUGCAGUGCCCAUUGUCGAUAGUGCACAUUGCCAAUAGUAUACAUCGCAACCAUGGUGUAUUGGGGAUGGAGGGAGUGAAUGUUUGAGGUGGUGGGUGGAGUGUGAUCAAGUCAGCUGCUUUGUCCUGAAUGGUGCUGGGCUGCUUGUGUUGUUGGAGCUGCACCCAAUCAAGCAAGUAUACUACAAGCCAAUUGUGAUAACCAAGGACUUUAAGCUACAUAUCAGUUUGGUAGUUCUCUGAAUCUUUCCUAGGAUCUUCACAUUGUCCAGCAUGUGAUAGAGCCAAAACCUGAUAUAGGAUUCUGAGUGAAGUCUAACUAAGGUCUUCAACAAGGAUACUAUAAUGCUUUUUGUUUAAUAUUGGAUCAUUCCAGCAAUAAACCUGGAUAUUCCAUUUUAUUUUGCCGUAGCAUCAUGGUACUGGUCAUGAACCUUUAGGGACUCAUGCAUUAUAGCACUUAGGACACUUUCCUGUUCGACCAUGCAUAAUGUACAAAUUCCUGUCAUUAAUUCACAUGUAUAACAUUACAUUUAUCUACAUUAAAUGUGCUAGAUGUGGGCUGUUUCUUUAUUACA